CACUUAAAAUAACAAACUGACCGUAAACACCGCGCCAAUUUCGCUGAACAGUCUUUUAUUAUUUUAGUGUUAUAUUUAAAUAAAAAAACAGAAAUGGCAGAUGAAGAUCAUUACGACGACGUGGACAUAUCGGAUUUAAUUGACGAGUCCGAUCAUUAUCUUGAGGCCGACCAUCAACACGCUGAGCUGGAGGCGACGGACUCUGAACACAUAAACACGAUACAGGACUCAGACGUACUAAGUUCUGAGGAGCAAACUGCCGAUGGUAAAAAGCCUCCCCCACAGAACAAGAGUGAAGUUAUUCGUUCCACUAGGCUACCAAUAGCUAGAAUCAAGAAUAUCAUGAAAAUGGAUCCUGAUGUUAACGUUGUGUCAGGAGAUGCUGUGUUCCUAGUCACUAAAGCUACAGAGCUGUUUUUAGAAACUAUAGCAAAAGAAACAUAUGCAUACACUGCUACGAACAAGAGGAAAAUAAUAGCCAAGAAAGAUUUAGACCUGGUCAUCAACAAAGUGGACUGCCUCUGUUUCUUAGAAGGUGCGAUGGACUUUUAGUGAAUUGUGUUAAAGUGUCACCUAACUAUGUAAGAUUUAUCUUGUAAGUUAUAAUGUAAUUAUAAUAAACUAAUGUUUAAGUGAAA